AUGGUAGAAUAUCUUUUCUAAGGAUUUGAUAAUUAAAUAAUAUAAUUUAAUGAUUAUGAUACUAUAACAACCUUUCAAAAUAUCGUCUAAAAUAAUCAAUUUAUAAUUCAUUAGUUUACUGAUACAAUUUUAAUUAAUAAAAUGCUUAGGAAUUAUGAAUACUGGUUUAAUAAGACAAGUAAUUCUUUAUUAUAUUUUAAUUCUCAUAAUUAAUUAUAACUAUAUUGUUAUAGCAUUUAAUUUAUAUCAUUAGAAGUUAACUUAACUAAUUAAGAAAAGGCAGGAAAUAAUUAUACCUUUUCAAUUAUGUGUAUUAUUAUAGGUAUAAAUGGUAUUAGAUAAAAUUACACAAAAGCUAAUUUCUUCAUGUAAUUCUUAACCAAGAAUGAUAAAAAUAUAUAUAUGUAAUGUUUGAUUAAUACUUGA